CACAGGGGGCUGCUACCCAAGGAGAGGAGGACGGUGAUGGCAACCGUGGCGGAACUGGGGGUGUCAGUUAUGAGGAUUUAUAUUCCCAGAUUCCUGAUGUCUGCCUCCUGCCUACUACUGCCUUCUACUGACAGUAAGGAUUGUAUCCUGGAGCCGCUUUCCCUGCCAGAAAAUCCAGGUGGCACCACCAGUUUAGAAGGUUCUCCAUCUGUGCCUUGUAUUUUCUGUGAAGAACAUUUUCUUAUAGAUGAACAAGACAAACUUCUGAAGCACAUGAUCAUUGAACAUAAGACUGUCAUAGCUGAUGUUAAGUUGGUUGCUGAUUUCCAAAGGUACAUUUCAUAUUGGAGGAAAAGGUUCACUGAACAGCCCAUUACAGAUUUUUGUAGUGUGAUAAGAAUCAAUUCCACAGCUCCAUUUGAAGAACAAGACAAUUAUUUUUUGCUGUGUGAUGUUUUACCAGAAGAUAGAAUACUUAGAGAAGAACUUCAGAAGCAGAGACUGAAAGAAAUUCUGGAACAACAGCAACAAGAGCGAAAUGAUAACAGUUUUCAAGGCAGUUGUAUGUUUUGCAAUGAGGAAUUCCUCGGAAACAGAUCUGUCCUUUUGAACCAUAUGGCCAGAGAACACACUUUCAACAUUGGGUUGCCAGACAACAUUGUAAACUGCAAUGAAUUUCUGUGUACAUUACAGAAAAAGCUUGACAACUUGCAGUGCUUGUACUGUGAAAAGACCUUCAGGGACAAAAAUACACUUAAAGAUCACAUGAGGAAAAAACAGCAUCGUAGGAUCAAUCCUAAGAACAGAGAAUAUGACCGAUUUUAUGUCAUCAAUUAUUUGGAACUUGGAAAAUCCUGGGAAGAAGUUCAACUAGAAGAUGAUCGGGAGUUGCUAGAUCAUCAGGAAGAUGACUGGUCUGAUUGGGAAGAACACCCUCUCUCUGCUGUCUGCCUAUUUUGUGAAAAGCAAGCAGAAACAAUUGAGAAAUUAUGUGUCCACAUGGAGGAUGCACAUGAAUUUGAUCUCCUCAAAAUAAAGUCAGAACUUGGACUGAACUUCUAUGAGCAAGUGAAACUAGUCAAUUUCAUUCGGAGGCAAAUUCACCAAUGUAGAUGUUAUGGCUGCCAUGAGAAGUUCAAGUCCAAAGCAGACUUAAGGACUCACAUGGAGGAAGCUAAACAUACUUCACUGCUUCCUGAAAGACAGACAUGGGAUCAACCACAGUAUUAUUUUCCAACCUAUGAAAAUGACACUCUGCUAUGUACCCUGUCUGACAGUGAAAGUGACCUGACAGCUCAGGAACAAAAUGGAAAUAUCGCCAUCAUUAGUGAAGAUACAUCUAAACUGCAUGCUUUGAAACAAAGCAGUAUUUUGAACCAGUUGCUACUACAUGAGUCCUUGAAAAACUAGAAGAAACUGCCACAUAAGCAAUGUUUCAUGUUUUCUCCAAUGAGACAGAUGCAAAAGAAUACUUUAAAUUUGAACAUCAGCAAAGGAUUAGUCUUUGGUAAAAUUUUUUUUUUUUUUUUUUAAUUGGCUAUCUUGGGUCUUCAUUGCGGUGCGCGGGCUUCUCAUUGCAGUGGCUUCCCUUGUUGCGGAGCACAGGCUCUAGGCUCGCAGGCUUCAGUAGUUGUGGCUCGUGGGCUCUAGAGCGUGGGCUCAGUAGUUGUGGCACACAGUCCUAGUUGCUCUGCAGCAGGUGCGAUUUUCCCGGACCAGGGAUUGAACCCGUGUCACCUGCUUUGGCAGGCGGAUUCUUAGCCGCUGCAUCACCAGGGAAGUCCAAAAUAAACUUUUAAAAAACUAAUUUUUUCCCCAAAAAUAAAGUAGAAACUAAAUAAAAUGAAGACUUUUUGUAUAUGGGCUCUGAAGUUUUGUUAUGUAAUCAUUGUAAAUGAUCUCAUUUCAUUAGACUCAUAUUUAUCUAUAAUAAGGAAGACGUGCCAAUCACAAAGAAGUGAAAUGUUCAAAUUAUUUAUAAACCUAAUUUCAACCAGUAGUUUCAGUCUCUUCCCCACAGGCUUUCGUCAUCCAGCAAGUCACAAAAUUUGACAGACGUGUGCUUUCUGUACUACACUGGGUCAGCUCUGAAUGUAGUGACCAAAAGAGGAGCCACAGAAGAGAGGAACAGUGGUCAAAGUCCUGGAUGAUGCACAAAUCGGACACUAUUUCGGAAAAAUCAAAAUCUGACUAUGGUAUUAUUAUUGCUUUCCACCUGGAGUUAUUAAACUCCCUAGAAAUGGACAUCAAGCCAAAUAACUUCACUUUCCCCUACAGUGUAUAUAUGGCUAACAGAUGAGUACUUUUUUAAAAACAACCACAAUACCAUUAUGACAUCUAACAAAAUUAACAAUAACUUCUUAAUAUCAUAUGUUUUCAGUUUUCCUUAGUUGUCCCAAAAAUGUCUUUUUACAACAUUACCAGUUACAGGACAAAUAUUGUAUGCCUCCUGAUAAGAUGCAAUGAGGAAGACAAAACAUCCCUUUUCAGGGUUCUUCCCCAAAAUGUAUAAUGUGAAUAUACUGAAGAAACAUCAACUAAACCCAAGUGAGGGACAAUCUACAAAUAAUUGGCCUUUACUCUUCAAAAAAUCAAGGUCAUGAAAAACAAAGACUGAAGUAACUGUACCAAAUUAAAGAAGACUAGAGAGGUAUCACAUUGUGUAAUCCUGGAUUGGAUCCCGGACCAAGAAAAUAUGGUUUUCUUCUGCUGUAAAAGAUAUUAGUGGGACAAUUAGCAAAAUUUGAGUAAGGUCUGUAGUAAAUGUUAUGGUAUUCAUAUUAAUUUCCAGAUUUCAGCAAUUGUACUGUAGUAUGUGUAAGAAUGUUCUUGUCUUUAGAAAAUACACACUGAAGUUGUUAAGGGUAAAGGAGCACUUUGUUGGCAAUAAAAAACUAAUAUGGGGAAUUCCCUGGCCGUCCAGUGGUUAGGAUUCCAGGCUUCCACUGCAAGGGCCCUGGGUUUUUUUUUUUGGCUGCAGUGGAUCUUUGUUGCUGUGCAUGGGCUUUCUCUAGUUGUGGCGAGCGGAGGGCUACUCUUUGUUGUGGUGUGCAGGCUUCUCAUUGUGGUGUCUACUCUUGUUGCAGAGCACGGGCUCUAGGCACGCAUGCUUCAGUAGUUGUGGCACGUGGGCUCAGUAGUUGUGGCUCACAGACUCUAGAGUGCAGGCUCAGUAGUUGUGGCGUAUGGGCUUAGUUGCUCCGCAGCAUGGGAGAUCUUCCCGGAGCAGGGCUCAAACCCGUGUCGCCUGGAUUGGCAGGCAGAUUCUUAACCACUGUGCCACCAGGGAAACCCAGGGGCCCGGCUUUGAUCCCUGGUCAGGGAACUAAGAUCCUGCAUGCCAUGCAGUGCAGCACCAAAAAAAAAAAGAAAACACACACACACACAC